CUGCCGCCGCACACCUCCCGUCCAUGGCCGGAGGCCAGCAGCCGCCGCCUCAGAGUCUGCUCUACUCGCAGCCCGGGGGCUUCACGGUGAACGGCAUGCUGAGCGCGCCCCCGGGUCCGGGCGGCGGCGGCGGCGGCGCGGGCGGCGGCGCCCAGAGCCUGGUGCACCCGGGGCUGGUACGCGGGGACACGCCCGAGCUGGCCGAGCACCACCACCACCACCACCACCACGCGCACCCGCACCCGCCUCACCCGCACCACGCGCAGGGGCCUCCGCACCACGGCGGCGGGGGCGCGGGGCCCGGACUCAACAGCCACGACCCGCACUCGGACGAGGACACGCCGACGUCGGACGAUCUGGAGCAGUUCGCCAAGCAGUUCAAGCAGAGGCGCAUCAAACUCGGCUUCACACAGGCCGACGUGGGGCUGGCGCUGGGCACGCUGUAUGGCAACGUGUUCUCCCAGACCACCAUCUGCCGCUUCGAGGCCCUGCAGCUGAGCUUCAAGAACAUGUGCAAGCUCAAGCCGCUGCUGAACAAGUGGCUGGAGGAAGCGGACUCGAGCACCGGCAGCCCCACAAGCAUCGACAAGAUCGCUGCACAGGGCCGCAAGCGCAAGAAGCGGACCUCCAUCGAGGUGAGCGUCAAGGGCGCGCUCGAGAGCCACUUCCUCAAGUGCCCCAAGCCCUCCGCGCAGGAGAUCACCAACCUGGCCGACAGCCUGCAGCUCGAGAAGGAGGUGGUGCGGGUCUGGUUCUGCAACCGGCGCCAGAAGGAGAAGCGCAUGACGCCGCCCGGGAUCCAACAGCAGACUCCCGACGACGUCUAUUCGCAGGUGGGCACCGUGAGCGCCGACACGCCGCCGCCCCACCACGGACUGCAGACGAGCGUGCAGUGAAGGCAAGGGGCGCAGCGCAAAGAGGGCCGCCGCCGCCGCCUCCGCAGCCGCUGUCAGCACCGCCACCAACCCCCGCCGCCGCCGCCGCCGCAGCGCCAACCCCGCACUGGGGCCGCACCGGGCCG